AUGACUAUUGGAGACAAGCAGAAAUGGACUGCUCAUAACGUCAGAAAGACGUUCAUGGACUACUUCGAGGAGAAAAACCACAAGUAUGUGAAGUCCUCCCCAGUGGUUCCCUUUGAUGACCCAACCUUGCUGUUCACCAACGCGGGUAUGAACCAAUACAAACCUAUCUUUUUGGGUACCGUCGAUCCUUCUUCAGACUUCUACACUUUGAAGCGUGCUUACAACUCACAAAAGUGUAUCAGAGCUGGUGGUAAGCACAACGACUUGGAGGAUGUCGGUAAGGACUCCUACCACCACACUUUCUUUGAAAUGUUGGGUAACUGGUCCUUCGGUGACUACUUCAAGAAGGAGGCUAUCGACUACGCUUGGAAACUAUUGACUGAGGUCUACGGAAUCCCAGCUGACAGAUUGUACGUAACUUACUUUGAAGGUGACGCCAAGCAAGGUCUAGAACCAGACACUGAGGCCUUGGACCUAUGGAAGAAAGUAGGUGUUCCAGAAGACCACAUUUUGCCAGGUAACGCCAAGGAUAACUUCUGGGAAAUGGGUGACCAAGGUCCAUGUGGUCCUUGUUCCGAGAUCCACUACGACAGAAUUGGUGGUAGAAACGCCGCCUCUUUGGUCAACCAAGAUGACCCUGAUGUCCUAGAAGUUUGGAACUUGGUCUUCAUGCAAUUCAACAGAGAACAAGACGGCUCUUUGAAAUCACUACCAGCAAAGCAUAUCGAUACCGGUAUGGGUUUCGAAAGAUUGGUGUCUGUUUUACAAGAUGUCAGAUCCAACUACGACACCGACGUUUUCAUGCCACUUUUCGCUAGAAUUCAAGAGAUUACCGGUGCUAGACCAUAUGCUGGUAAGUUUGGUGACGAAGACAAGGACAACAUCGAUACCACUUACAGAGUCCUAGCUGACCACGUCCGUACUUUGGUUUUCGCUUUGGCUGAUGGUGGUGUUCCAAACAAUGAAGGUAGAGGUUACGUCCUGAGACGUAUUCUAAGAAGAGGUGCUCGUUUUGCUCGUAAGUACAUGAACUACCCAAUUGGUAACUUUUUCUCCAGCUUGGCUCCAACUCUUAUCGACCAAGUGAAGCACAUCUUCCCAGAAGUUGCCAAGGACCCAUCUUUCCUAUUCGAAAUUUUGGAUGAGGAAGAAAGUUCAUUCUCUAAGACCCUAGACCGUGGUGAAAGAAUAUUCGAAAAGUAUGCUGCUGCCGCAUCUCAAACUGAAUCUAAAACUCUAGACGGUAAGCAGGUUUGGAGACUAUAUGACACAUACGGUUUCCCAGUUGAUUUGACCGAAUUGAUGGCUGAAGAACAAAACCUAAAGAUCGAUGGUCCGGGCUUCGAGAAGGCCAAACAAGAAUCAUACGAAGCUUCUAAAAGAGGUGGUCAAAAGGGUGGCGAUGACCUAAUAAAAUUGAAUGUUCACUCUAUUGCCGAACUAAAUAGCGAAAACGUUCCAAAGACUGAUGACAGCUUUAAGUAUGGUAAUGAGAAUGUGGAAGGUAAAAUCUUGAAACUUCAUGAUGGUGAAAAGUUCGUUACUGAAAUCUCAGAGCCAGGUAAGAAAUAUGGUAUCAUUUUGGACAAGACUUGUUUCUACGCCGAACAAGGUGGCCAAGAAUACGAUACUGGUAAGAUUGUGAUUGAUGAUAAGGCUGAAUUCUCAGUUGAAAAUGUCCAACUAUACAAUGGUUUUGUUUUCCACACUGGUACAUUAAGUGAAGGUAAACUUUCUGUCGAUGACGUUAUCAUUGCAUCCUAUGAUGAAUUACGCCGUUUCCCAAUCAAAAACAACCAUACUGGUACUCACAUCUUAAACUACGCUUUAAAGGAAACUCUUGGCAACGAUAUCGAUCAAAAGGGUUCGUUAGUUGCCCCAGAGAAACUGAGAUUCGAUUUCUCUCAUAAGAAGGCUUUGACCAUUGAAGAAGUUACUAAGGUUGAAAACAUCUGUAAUGAGCAAAUAAAAAACAAUUAUAACGUUUACUACAAAGACGUUCCAUUAGACUUGGCUAAAUCCAUCUACUCUGUCCGUGCUGUAUUCGGUGAAACUUAUCCAGAUCCAGUCCGUGUGGUUUCUGUUGGUAAGCCUGUCGAUGAUCUUCUUGCCAACCCAUCGAACGAAGAAUGGGGUAAAUACUCCAUCGAAUUCUGUGGUGGUACCCACGUUAAGACCACUGGUGACAUCAAGUACUUUGUUAUCCUCGAAGAGAGCGGUAUUGCCAAGGGUAUUAGAAGAAUUGUUGCUGUUACUGGUACUGAAGCAUUUGAAGCUCAAAGAGUUGCUGAUCAGUUCGCCGCUGACCUAGAAGCUGCUGACAAACUUCCAUUUUCUCCAUUGAAAGAAAAGAAAUUGAAAGAGCUUGGAGUUAAAUUAGGUCAACUUUCUAUUUCUGUUAUCAGCAAGAACGAUUUGAAGACUAAGUUCACCAAAAUCGAAAAGGUAGUAAAAGAUGAAGUUAAGAGCAGAGCCAAGAAGGAAGCUAAAUUAGUAUUGGAUGAAGUCAAGGGUCAUUUUACUGAAAACCCUGAAUCCCAAUUCUUUGUUAAGUUCAUUGAUGUUCCUGCCAAUGCUAAGGCUAUUACGGAAGCUGUUAAUUACAUGAAGACUUCCGCCAAGGACAAAUCUAUGUACCUGAUUACUGGUAAUGACCCAGAAGGAAGAGUUGCUCAUGGAUGUUUCAUUUCUGAUGUUGCUUUAGAAAAGGGUAUUGCUGGUCAAGAACUAGCUGGAAAGGUUUCAGGUAUCAUUGGCGGUAAAGCUGGUGGUAAGGGUAAUGUUUUUCAAGGUGUUGGUGACAAGCCAGCUGCUAUUAAUGAUGCAAUUAAUGAAAUUACUACCGCUUUUAAGGAAAAAUUGAGCAUUUAG